AUACAGAUACAGAAGCCUGAAUAGGCACAGAAAGAGGUUAUUCUCAUUACCCUUUUUUCACAUUGGUGUUGUUAUGUCUGUCACAUUAAGGCCGUUUUAUUUCAUUUGUUUACCUGCACAGCAAGGCUAAAUAGCAAUUUAAACUAAUCACUUUUAGUCACACAUUGUUUUUUCAAUUCAAGCCUACCUUUCUGUCGUGUCCUCUUCCAUGGUCUCCAUAACAAUUUGCAACAUAUUUGCUUGACUUCCUCCUGAAUUGCCUUGGCCUAUAAAGGAUUUUCCAGUUUUGGUAUAGCAUGACUGCCAGAGAGUCCCUCCAUGUUUGAUGGCCCAGAGAGCUGUGGUCAAGCCCAGAAACUGUGUGGCCGAUCAGUUUGCGUGUGUUCAUGCCAAGCGUGUUUUGAAUAGCCUGUCCGAGCCUUUCAGAAACUGCUGGUCUGGCUGUCAUGUGCAGUGCAAGUGGGGAAGUAUGAAUUCGGUAUGACAGGAUGGUGUGAAUGUGCUUGUGAAAUUGCGUGAGAUAGAGGAAGCAUUGGCGGGUGACUGAAUAUACCAGGACUCUCUCAUAGCUAUAUUUUACGUCCCGAGCUUAAAGAACAAAGAACUAGAGCGCUGUCAUCUGAAAUGACAGCUUAGCAGCUCGUCUGUAAAAACGUUUGUAGCUACAUCUAACAAAAUGUAGCCUUACACCUACAGACAGAUAGGUGAAGUGGCCGUAGCCUUGUGAGGCAGCCUCAGCUUUCUUGGGAAUGGAGGGGACAGGUUUCUCAGGUGGGAAUGGAGGUACAGUUUCUUGAGACUGUUCCUGAGUUCCAGUGGUGGGAAAAGUCUUUGUAGCGGUGUCGUAUGGCAGAAAGGAGGUCAAGGAAACGCAGCCUGGUGGGGAGGGGACAUCUGCAUCCUUCACUGUGGUCCCAAACCAUGAAUAUUGUGGGCCAGUUUGCGGAGACGGUGUUUGUGACGGUGAAGGAGCUGUACCGCGGCCUGAACCCCGCCACUCUGACGGGGGGGAUCGAUGUCAUUGUGGUGCGACAGCCUGAUGGAUCCUUCCAGUGUUCCCCCUUUCACGUCCGCUUCGGCAAACUGGGUGUGCUGCGCUCCAAGGAGAAAAUUGUAAGUGUCAGUAAUUACGUUCACUGCCACUGCCGUCCUAGCUCAAAG